AUGCGUUCUUUCUCUGCACGUCCGCCCAUAAUACGCAUCGCCAAUGGCACUUUCUAUCGCCAUCACCCCAAUAAUGCAGUGUCCCACGGCCACCCAAACCCGCCCUUCUUCUCUAAGCUGAACUUCGAGCUCCCGUCGCAGAGCACUCCAACUAGUCCACUGCGCAACUGGUGCAUCGUUGGCCCGUCGCUCUCUGGCAAGACCACCUUUCUCCAGAUCCUCGCCGGCCAGCACUUGUGUUUCCCGCCGACCGCCCGCUCCUUUCCAUAUCUCGCGACUGAUGACGUGCCACACCACCUGAGAGUGCCCAGCCGCGCCAUCCAGUAUGUCGGCUUCGACGCUACCGGUGCCAACGGCGGCGGUCUUGGUCCAGCUGCGUCCGCUUACCUGGCCGCACGCUACGAGUCGCGGCGCGAGAAGACAGACUUCUCGCUUCGCGACUUUCUCCUGGGAAACAUGCAGCUGAACCCCUCGAGCGUCCCGGGAGAAGAUGGCGUCGAUGCGAAGGUUCUCGAGCGCGUUGUCGUAGACCUGCGUCUCGAGAGCUUGCUGGACCUGCCAGUGGCGUUUCUGUCGAAUGGCCAGGGGAGGAGGGCGCGCAUUGCACGCGCUUUGCUUACGAGGCCCGAGGUCCUGCUGCUGGACGAGCCAUUUAUGGGGCUGGACCCUCCGACCGUGGCCGGCCUGAGCCCGCUGCUUCAUUCACUGGCGGAGAAGGCAAGCCCGCGGCUCGUGCUGAGUGCAAGGCCGCAGGACCCACUGCCCGACUGGAUCACGCAUCUCAUUUAUCUGCGGACGGACUGCCAGGUUGGCGCGAUGGGCGACAAGGAGACUGUCCUGGACGGUCUUAGGAAAUAUGUCCGUGGCGUCUGGAACGGCCGUCUAUCUGAAGACGAGACGCUACCUGUGCACGCUCUCGGUGAAAUGGGCAGACAGUUAACGAAAGACGGUAUUGAAGGCGAAGGGCUGGGCGAAGAGCUCCUGGGAGAAUCCAAUGACAAUGCUCAAGUGGACGAAGUCUCCGAUGUCCGGCCCGAGGCUCUGGGGGAGCCCCUGAUCGAGAUGAAUGGCUGCAGAGUCAGAUACGGCGACAAAAUUGCCUUGGGGAACUGGACUGAAGAGCGAGACGGCAAACUCGCCGGCGGACUCUACUGGACUGUCCGAAGAGGCGAGAGAUGGGGCGUAUUUGGUCCGAAUGGGUCGGGCAAAACCACCAUCGUCUCCCUCCUUUCUUCUGAUCAUCCCCAGACGUACUCGCUUCCCAUCAAGCUAUUCGGUCGCAGCCGGCUGCCCGAGCCGGGAUCCGGACAGCUGCCUCUCACAUUCUGGGACAUCCAGUCCUGCGUAGGACACUCAAGUCCUGAGGUCCACCAGCAUAUGCCUCGUAGUUUGACGGUGCGCCAGGUCCUUGCGAGUGCGUGGGCCGAUACAUUCCGGAGCAAGCCAGCGCUCGACGAUAACGCGGUUGACAAGAUUGAAGCUACACUGAAGUGGUUCUCGCACGAGCUCAACCCAGCAGCUGGUAGCAGCCUUAAACCGCAACCAACUUCACUCGAUGGACUGGCGCAUAAUUCUCUUUCAUGGGCAGAUAACUACAUGUUUGGUGAGCUGUCGUUCAGCGCCCAGCGCAUCCUACUCUUCCUCCGCGCAAUCAUUAAACAGCAGGAUAUCGUCGUGUUGGAUGAGGCUUUUAGCGGUAUGGACGAUGCCGUAAGAGACAAGUGCAUGCUCUUCCUCGUGUGCGGGGAGGAGAAGAUGUAUGCGACCGGGCUCUCGAAGUCUGGCACCAAGAGUCACUUACCUACCGAAGCACCCGUUGUUCCAAGCCAUGUAGCCAACUCAGGGGCGGUGAUGGUGAAAGGUCUCUCGGACCAACAGGCGCUGAUAUGCAUCAGCCAUGUCAAGGAGGAGGUUCCGGAUUGUGUGAGGGAAUGGAUCUGCCUCCCUGAGGCUAGCACUAGUCUGCCCGCGAGGCUGGGCCGGCUUGACGGUCCUCUGAGGACCGACUCGAAGCGGUGGAGGGAGAUAUGGGAAGCCAGCAAGAGCAGUUGA